GAGAGAUUUCGUUUCGUUCGCCUCGCUGAGCCAAUGUCGGUAUCGAAAACGACCUUGUUCGUACCACUGCAGUUUUCUGUCAAACAGUCCUCUGUCAGCUGUCAGUAGUCGAUCAAUAAAUUCACUACGAAAUAAAUUUGCAAUUUCACAUCAAUUAACGAUUUAUAUCCGCAAUGCCGACAUGAAAAACGAUCAAAAAUAUACUAUAGUGAAUUUAAAAUGCAGUUUCAGUGAACAUUUGUGCGUGAAACGUUUUAAAACUGUGUCUUUAACGUCGCAACGCUUGAGCGAGUACUCGACCGGAAAUGUACAUUGUGUUUGUGUAUUUCCAUUAAAAAACAAUAGAAAUGGAUUUGUCCCCGGACGAGGAUCACUUCCAAGGCCGCUUGCUGCAUCAGGCCGCCUUAUGGGACAAUCUGGAACUCCUCCAAGAGCUCCUAGCUAGCGGUGCAUCAGCAGACGCUCGCGACGCCAGCAGCCGCACCGCGCUGCACGCGGCCGCGCUGGCCGAGCGCAGUCGAUGUCUCGCCGCGCUGUGCUCGCACGGGGCGCAGCUCGACGCCUGCUCGGACACCGCUACUGGGGGCAAGACAGCCCUUCACAUCGCAGCUGAACGCGGCUACGUGGAGAACGUCAAGACGUUAUUAGCAGCGGGUGCGUCGCUAACCGUACUUGACGCUCACGGCGACACACCGCUGGCGCUGGCGGAGAGGAACAACUGGAGACAUGCUGCUCAUGCGCUGAGGGAUGCCAGAGAUGCCCUCGAACGGGAGCGUCUAUCCCAGCAUGCAGCUCUACGUGACCUGGUCGCCAGAGGAGAUUGUACACAGCUGAAACAACGGAUGACAUCUCUCGGCAGUAACGCUGGUCUCAUCGCCAACAUGACUCCCGGUGGAGCGAAUACACUAUUAUAUGUUGCAUCGGAAGCUGGCCACACAGCGGCAGUGGCGAUCCUGCUGGAGGCGGGCGCGGACGGGCGCGCGCACCCCGUCACCAAGUACUGCCCGCUUUACAUCGCCUGCUAUCACGGUCAUCUAGAAAUAGCGAAGUUGUUGCUGGCUGCCUUUCCUGAAGCUGUUCAGCAAGAGACAGUAGAGAAGUGGCUCCCUCUCCACGCGGCGUGUAUCGGCGGUCACGCAGCUCUAGUCACGCUUCUACUUGUGUAUCCCUACCCUGAGAGCGUGCUCAAUACCUAUACUGACGCAACAGGCCAAUUUCAAUACAUAGCCGCCUUCGACGUGAACGCCCGUGACGUCAGCGGUCAGACCGCGUUGUACGUAGCCUGCACUCUCGGGAACAUUGCUGUGGUCGACGCCCUGCUAGCACAUACCGUCGCUGCCAUCGCUGCGCCUAAGGAACUUGCUGAGGAAGAUACCCGCGUGCCAUCACAAGUGCUGAGUCCACAGCGCGGCGGAAUAUCACUCGGUAUACACGCGAUAGUCAGCAAGUUGACGGGAACAGCCGGGAACAAUGUGAGUUAUAACUAUCAAAAUAAUAGAUUUAAAGUCACCCACGUUUUUAAAUGCACUCCAUUCGACCGGCGGGCGGAGCGGCGCGUGUCGCCGGUGUCGCUGUGCGCGGGGCGCGCGGGCGACGCGUGCGUGUCGUGCGCGGCGCGCGGCGGCCACGUGCGCCUGCUGCGGCGGCUGCUGGCCGCGGGGGCCGACGCUAACGCGCCCGCCUUGCCGCCUAGCGAUGUCACAUCAAAAUUAGUCGCAGGACCUAACGUAUAUGUUUGCCCACAGCUGGGCAACGACGGCAGCCGCGACCGUCGUCGCUCACGCAGUGCAUCUGCCGCGUUGAGUGGACGCGCGACAUCCGCGCCGUCGCCCGGACGUGCGAAUUAUAAUGCUGACAGAGAAAGUCCAUGGACAGCUUUAGCCAUAGCAGCCCGGGCUAAGAACGUACAGAUUGUGGAGAUCUUACUCCAGGCCGGGGCGAGCGACCCUCACUGCCGCGCCAUCAGGGAGUGCGCGAGACAUGGUCUGACUGAACUACUGGCCAAGCUACUCGCUACUAAGGCCUACCCAGACCCCGACUACAAGCUGAACAAGUCUUCGAUAUCCGAGGCCCUGUUCGCUGACCGCGAGGCCGACUCCGCUCUGACUUACAGCGCGCUCUGCCCCACGACAGCCGUCAUGGUCAACUGGAGGGAGCUGAGGGCACAGCUUGCUACUAUACGCAUGUCCUGGCUCCGGCUGGCCGCCUUGCGCGUGAACAGCAAGCUGAGCUCGGUGGGCGGCGCCCUACACGCCCUCACCCGCCUGGACGUGUCCAACAACGAGCUGCGGGUCCUGCCGCCCGACCUGUUCACCAUGCUGAGCCUGAGAUACCUAAACGCUGCUCAGAACAAGCUGGAGCGUCUCCCGGGCAGCCAGGAUCCCUUCGAGGAUGAGCAGGAUACGAGGAAACGGCGCAAGAAGAAGACCAGGCCAGAACUGUACUCCGCGCCAGCGUUGCAAGAGUUAUACCUGCAGGACAAUCGUCUAGAAGAACUCCCUCCAUCUCUCUUCCGCCUCCCGGCCCUCUCAACGCUGGACGUGUCUAACAACAAGCUGAGGGCCUUGCCGGCUGCCGUGUGGACAGCCCCGGCCCUCAGGGACCUGAAUGUGGCCCUCAACCAUCUGAGGGAUCUACCUACGGGGGAGGAGGGUUCGGAAUGCAUGAGUCCGCAGCAGUUGGCCUCGCCGUCGGAGACUUCGCCCCAGCUCAGCGCUUCGCCCUCCAUGGGCAGCGCGCAGUUUUCUUUAGCGGCACAAUCUAAGUCGGACUCCAGAAGUCCAUCCAUCGAGAGGAGUGAGUCAGAUAUCUUGGAGGAUGACGAGGAAGCGCCUCCCGUACUCAGCAACAGGGCGGGCAACGCCGUCUGCUCGGAGGCCCGCCGCGCCCACACGUGGCGCGGCGUGGUGGAGGGCGCGCUGGCGGGGGCGGGCGGCGCCCCGCCCGGCUCCUCCGCGCUGGCCACGCUCAACCUCGCGCACAACCAGUUCACCUGCGUACCCUGCGCGCUCGCCUGCCGGGCCCCGCAUCUGACGCGACUUAAUAUGGCGUAUAACUCGCUCAGGUCGAUGUCAUACGUGACGUCAUAUCCGACGAGUCUUCGCCAGUUGGACUUGAGUCACAACGAGAUUACCUGCUGGCCUAGUCUACCACAAGUGGAAAGUUUUGGUUCAACGGAAGGAGAUCCCCUCGCCUGCUACUGCCCCAACUCCUCAAGCAACGUGAGGAGCAGGCCAAGGUCAGGAGGGUCGGUGAGGUCGCAGCUGAUGAGCGCCGCCUGCCCCGCCAGGAGGCAUCUCCGGCUUGAGGGUCUUCGCACCUUGAUCUUGGCCAAUAACUUGCUGACUCGAAUACAGCUGACGACGGAUGAUGAUGGGUACGCUUCAGCCGCGCAAGAAGAUAGCACCACUGACGAUGAUGAUGAAUGGAACACCGGCUCUCCUCUCAAAGGUCGUCUCUUAUUCCCUCUCCUAUCGAUGCUGGACGUCUCUUGUAAUCUCUUGAGAGCGAUACCGCCCGCCAUACACGAGCUGACGAACCUGUCUGUACUGAAUAUAAGUGGGAAUAAAGACAUAACCGACCUUCCCCCCCAAAUGGGCCUGCUCUCCCGCCUCUGGAACCUCAACACGGUCGGCUGCUCCCUGGUGGAACCUCUCCGCUCCAUGCUGUCAUGCGGCCGCUAUAAGAGCAUGGACAUCGUCGGCUACCUCAAGUCUGUGCUGCAGGAGGCCAGGCUGUACGCCAGGAUCAAGCUCAUGCUGGUUGGGAAGCAGGGUAUAGGCAAAACCAGUCUUCUAGAAUGUCUAAGACAAGAAUCAGCUAUACAGCAUAGAAGGAAACCAACGGAGCACUGGGCAAAGCGCAUGGGCAACAAGUCGUCCCGGCGGGGCAACGUCUCAACAGUGGGCGUGGACAUCGGCACGUGGGUGUACGAGAAGCAUCGCUCGACGCGAGGACCCAUCACCUUCCGGACCUGGGACUUUGGGGGCCAGCAGGAGUACUACGCGACUCACCAGUACUUCCUGUCGCGCCGCUCUCUGUACCUCGUGGUGUGGCGCGUGACGGACGGACGGAAGGGACUCGCCGGGGCACUCAACUGGCUCAGGUCCAUACAAGCUCGCGCCCCUGGUUCGCCUGUUAUAAUGGUAGCGACACAUUACGACCAAGUUCCAAAUUGCAAUCUCCCGGAGAACGAGUCCCCCGAGGUCCUGCAGCGUCUAAUACGGUCCUCCAUCAUGGGCGCCCCGGAUGCCGACAAGCUGGGCCUGCCCAGGGUACUGGAUUCCGUCGAGGUAUCGUGCAGCACUCGUCACAACAUCAGACUGUUGGCUGAUAUAAUAUACUCAGUGGCUUUUAGCGUGAAACCACCAGGCAGCAAAGAACCUCUGCUAGAGCAGCGUAUCCCAGCGUCCUAUCUCGCUUUAGAGGAGUGUGUGACGUCACUGGCCGCGGAUCUCAGAGAACCAGUGUUGAGACACGACGAGUAUAAGAAACUGGUAACACAAUACAUGCAACAGAAGAAUCAUCGCAUGUUUCGAGACGCCGCAGAGUUACACCAAGCCACGAUGUUCCUACAUGAGAAUGGUGUACUCCUUCACUACGACGACGCGACUCUCAAAGAGUUGUACUUCCUCCGCCCGCAGUGGCUGUGCGACGUGCUAGCUCACGUGGUCACCGUGCGAGAGAUCAACCCCUUCGCUAAUAAUGGUAUAAUGAAGAUUGAGGACCUAGCCCACGUCUUCAAGGCCUCCCCCAUGCUGGCACGAGGAGACGAGGCCAGUUCUCUCGGAGUCUCACUCCUGAACAAGUUCGAACUGGCUCUGUGCUGGGACUCGCGGCUGUUGCUCGUGCCGCCGCUGUUACCGGCGACCGAGCCUGCACAGCCGCAGUUACCGCUGAGGUCCCGCAGCUGGCCGAGCUCGGCCCGCGGGACCCCUCGCCGCGCGUGGCCCUCUCAGCUGGCGCCCGCCACGCACAGGGGGACGGACUCACCCACACUCAUACAGGAAGGCGGGCCGGGUAUCUCGGUGUCUGGUCGCGGCGGGCGGCCGCUGCGGCGCCUGCUGCUGCUGUCGUACGUGCCGCGCGGGUUCUGGCCCCGGCUGUGCGCGCGACUGCUGGCCGACAACCAGCUGGCCGACGCGCCCCAUGCCUUGUACAAGCUGCCGCCAGAGAUGGAGUUAGACGAGAGUAUAUCAUCAGCUCUCGAGCUGUCCUGGGGCUGGAAGCUGUGGCUGCGAGGGUUGCGCGUCUGCUGCGGGUCGCUGGCGGCGCUGGCGCUGCGCGAGCUGCCUCCGAGGAGAGACAGCUUGCUGCCCGCCAGCGACGAUGAUGCGCCCAGUGAUUACUAUCAUAAUGUCAGGUUCAGAGUACGCCAGGACGGCAGCUGGUGCGAGCUGGACGUGCAGUCCUCAGCCUGCGUGGAGAUCAUCCUCCCGGCACAGGUGUGCGUCAUCAAGAGGGAUGAUGGACUGCCUAUAUCCGGGUACCAGAGUAUCAGCCUGGAACCGAACCCAGAGGUCUUAGCUAAAAUCCUAGCCCUCGUCUCCGACCACGUUGAUCUACUUCUAGAAGACUGGUAUCCUUCUUUAGGCACCCGCUUCGUCCACACGUCCGAGGGUCGCUGCCUCAUCACGCGCGUGGUCCCGUGCCCGGAGUGCCUCCGCCAGGCUCCGCAGCAGCAGCCGCAGCCCGACCACGAGCAGCUGCAGCAGGCCUUCAGGAGACUGGACCUAGGCGGAGCGGAGCCGCGCAGACUCCGCUUGUCCGAGGAGUCGAGAACCUCGGACGGAGACAGUGGAGUUGGGGCAGAGUCCAACGCCUCAUCCCGCCUGGGUUCCGUCGAGGGUGUGGUGAACAGCCACCCCCCCCUGAGCGCGACCUGCACAGCCUGGACGGUGGAGCAGUGCGUGCUGGCGGCCUGCAGCGGGACCCGCCUCUCCUGCCCGCUGCACAGUGAGGCCGAUGUCGAACUGCGGCUAGUUGCGCCAGAUACGCUCCUCCUAGACGUGGAGGAGUCGAAGCGCGCCCGCUGGGAGCAGAUCUCCCGCGGGGCGGUGGCCGGGCGCGGCGCCUUCGGGACCGUGCUGGCGGGCAGCUGGCGCAGGGCGGGCGGCGACAGCCUGCCCGUCGCGCUCAAGGCCCUGCAGCCCGUCCCGCCGCCCAGCGGCAGCGAUGCCGCUGUGCAUCAUGCUUAUAAGGCGGCCGUGUCCCGCUGGGAGCGCGAGCCCACGGCGGCGGCCUGCCGCGCGUACUGCGGCCUGCGCCAGGAGCUGUCCAUCCUCAGCCAGCUGCGCCACCCCCACGUGCUGCCGCUGCUGGCCGUCUGCGCGGCCCCGCUGGCGCUGCUGCUGGCACUGGCGCCAGAGGGUGCCCUGGACGCGCACCUGCGCGGCUACCGCUGGGUGGGGUCCCGCUGCGGGCCGCGCCUGGCGCGCGCGCUGGCGCUGCAGGUGGCGCGCGCGCUGGAGUACCUGCACGCGCGCAGGGUCGUCUACAGGGACCUCAAGUCUGAAAACGUGCUAGUAUGGAAGAUGCCGAAACCUGGAGACGAAGUGACGGGCGCCCCCCUCAACGUACACGUCAAGCUAGGAGAUUACGGUAUAAGCCGGCUCGCUCCCCCGUCCGGUACGAAAGGCUUCGGCGGUACCGAAGGAUUCAUGGCGCCGGAGAUCAUGAGAUAUAAUGGAGAAGAGGAAUAUAAUGAGAAGGUUGACUGUUUCUCCUACGGAAUGCUGCUUUACGAGAUCGUGACUGUACGCCAGCCAUUUGAAGGUCACGAGGCUGUCAAGGAAGCCAUCCUGGAGGGGGCCAGACCUUCACUGUCACCUAGAGACCUGGAGUACCCCUGCUGCAUGCUAGAGACGAUGCGCCGCUGCUGGGCGGGCUCCCCCGAGCUGCGCCCGUCGGCGGCCGCGCUGGUGAGCGUGGCCUCCGCCCCCGAGUACACCGCCCUGGCGGACGCGGCCGCGGCCAGGGCGGCCUCCGCGGCGGCCAGUGUACCCGUGAUUGGUGUGGGCGAGGAAGGCGUCGCUGGCUGGGAGCUGUGGUACGGCGGCGGCGAGCCCGAGCGCGCGCACACUCUCCUCACCACUCCCACCAGCUUCACCCAUCACCACACCAUCAGGGUCGCACCAGACAAAUCAGAUCCAGUUAUAGUGACGGCUAUCUGUAGAGUCAGCAACAAGAUGUGGCUCGGGGACUCCGCUGGACGGAUAUCCGUGUACUCAGCAUCGAACUGCGCCUUGCUGUGGAGUGUCCGCGUGCAGGAGAGUGUGGGCGGCGCGCCCUCGGGAGUGGCCGCGCUGCUGCCGCUGCCGCGCCUGGCGAGAGUCGCAGUGGCACUAGCGUGUGGCAGGUUAUUCCUAGUGACCUCGUCGCGUCCGGAAGCAGAAGGCAGCUUCGUUCUGACGGAGCUGGGCACAGCCACCGAGCUGUGUUGUCUAGCAGCUGUGCCCACACCGCACGGAAAUGUAGCCUAUGCGAUAAUCCAAGUUGUCAACUACCUCCAUACCAAAAUGUCAUCAAAGUCGGUUCAACAGUUUAAACGUGUAGAUUCAACAAACAUAUCACUCACACUCAUAAUACUAUUCUACUCACUCACAUUACCCCACGUUCCCCACAGCUGGGAGGUGUGGGCGGGCGGCGACGGGCUUUACUCGUACGCGGUGAGCGCGGGCGGAGUCUGCGGGGCCGAUAGCAUGGCCGCCGCGCCCAGGGUCACGCUGCUCACCGCUCCCGAAGACGAACCCUUCGUCAUCGUCUACUCCGACCCAGGGGUCUGCGUAUACCAAUGGUCAGUGAGGACUAAGGAGCAGUCAGCCCGCCUGGACUGCAGCAAGCUGGUGCCCUGCUCCGAGAGCCUGCAGUCCAUAGCGUUGGAUGAACACCUUACCGAGGACAAGUGCAGGGUGACAGCAUUAUGCACAUUGCGCGGUGAACUGUACAUAGGGACAGCCUGGGGAUGUAUCAUAGUCGCUGACUCCACAACACUGCGACCCCUCACUGUCUUCAGACCUUAUGAAGAAGAUAUCCGGGUAAUAAUACCUCUACACCCUCACAAGGAUGGCGACCCGGGUAUGAUCGCGACCUUCGGACACGGAUACCGGCCGCUGUUACAGAGAUAUGCGCCUGCGCAUUCUUCAAACUCCGUGAACCUACACAACGGACACUACUGCCUUCUCUGGCGAACCCAGCAUUGGUUGCCCGACUAAAGGAACCCAAGCCCAACGCUGGACAAACACCGAGCCCAACACUGGGCCACAAAGCCAAAAGGUUCAGGCUGUUCAAAUAAUUAGGGUGCUACUAUUAAAAAUAGUAAAAAACCAUCCAAAAUGGAUUUAUAAGAUAUAUAUCGUUUUUAACCGACGGAAAAAGGGGGUAGUUCUCAAAUUGUUUUACAAGCUUAUUUAAGUUUCAAUUUAUGAGUUUAAGUGUCCUGAAUCUGGGUGUCUUGUGCAUGUGACUUGAAUGUUUGUGAAACCACGAUACAAGGAUUAAAUUCCUUAAUGCGAGAGUCGUUUUAAGACACACGUCCAGACAUCAUUUUGAAACUGUCUUUCCUAAGCAAAUAUUCGCCCAUCGUGAAAUUAACUUUAAGACAAGCAAGUAAGGUCGAUAUUGCAUUAAAUUGUGUUUG